AGAAAAACUCACCUAUUGGAUUUGGAUCAAAGGAAGAGAAAAACAGACAAGGGGAGAUACAGACAAUGGCAACAACGGCUUCUCCUCCAUUUAUCUCAUCAUCUCUCAACUCCACUUGCACUUCUUUCAGAACCAGUCUCCCUACUUGUUCAUUUUCUCCGAAGCUUCUUCCUCGUCGUCCCCUUGCGAGUUUUUCAGUGAAAGCUUCCAGAAAGCAAGUCGAGAUAGUAUUUGAUCCUGACGAGAGGCUUAAUAAGAUUGGCGAUGAUGUUGACAAAGAAGCUCCCUUGUCAAGGCUUAAGCUCUUCUCACCUUGCAAGAUCAAUGUUUUCUUGAGGAUAACGGGCAAACGUGAAGAUGGGUUUCAUGAUUUAGCCUCUCUGUUUCAUGUGAUUAGCUUAGGAGACACAAUUAAAUUCUCGUUGUCUCCUUCAAAGUCCAAAGAUCGUCUUUCCACCAACGCCUCUGGAGUCCCUGUCGAUGCGAGAAAUCUGAUUAUAAAAGCACUUAACCUUUACAGGAAGAAAACUGGUAGUAGCAAGUUCUUCUGGAUUCAUCUAGAUAAGAAGGUGCCUACUGGAGCUGGACUCGGUGGUGGAAGCAGUAAUGCUGCAACUGCACUCUGGGCAGCGAAUCAACUCAAUGGAGGUCUUGUCUCCGAGAAGGAACUCCAAGAUUGGUCUAGUGAAAUAGGCUCUGACAUUCCUUUCUUCUUCUCGCGUGGUGCUGCCUUUUGUACCGGGAGAGGUGAGAUUGUCCAAGACCUUGCUUCUCCUUUUCCUUUUGAUCUUCCGAUGGUGCUCAUAAAGCCCCGAGAAGCAUGCUCCACUGCUGAAGUUUACAAACGUCUCCGUCUGGAUCAGACAAGCAGCGUUGAUCCAUUAACAUUACUGGAGAAUGUCACUAGCAAGGGUGUAUCUCAAAGCAUUUGCGUAAACGAUUUGGAACUGCCAGCAUUUCAAGUUCUCCCAUCUCUUAAACGCUUGAAGCAACGUGUAAUAGCAUCUGGGCGCGGGGAAUAUGAUGCUGUCUUUAUGUCUGGGAGUGGAAGCACCAUAGUUGGUAUUGGUUCGCCAGAUCCUCCGCAAUUUAUAUAUGACGAUGAAGAAUACAAGAAUGUCUUCUUGUCUGAAGCAAACUUUAUGACUCGAGAGGCUAAUGAAUGGUACAAAGAACCUCCAUCUGCAUCUGCUACUACUUCAUCCUCCGAGUCUCGCCUAGAAAUUGCGAAUGAGAUGUAAAACAAGUUUAAGGCCAAAAGAAUUUUUUUUUUUGGAUUUAAUUCUCUCAAAUAUUUAUACCGGUCUCGUUUUCUUAGAGUCUGAGCUUGUCAAAGUGUAUCAUCAUUUCUCAAAGAGCAAACAAGAAUGUUGUGAUAUCAUUUGUAUUUUAAGAAGAUCAUUAAAAUUGCAGAAAUGCAACAAUAAAAAGGAAAAAAAGAAAACAAAAAGGUAAUGAAAACUUUGAUUCUGUUGUC